AUGAAUAAAGCGGCAACGGCUGCCGCAAAAUUUUUCGCACCAGAUGAAGAGGAUGCUACAAUCUCAGGAGAGAGUGCACUUGACUCAGCUGUGAACAGUCUCUCAAAAGAUUUCCUGAAACACUUAAAUCUAUCAAAUGAGAAAGAUGAUGAGAAUGAGAAGAAAAUAGUGCAAAAAUAUGAGAAUUAUAUUGAUUCGAUGUUGUUCGUCGGCGAAGGUGAAGCAAUCAUUGAGAUCGGCGUAUCUAUCGACGAUGACACUAAAAAAGGUCUGUGUGAAAAGGAUUUGCAAAUUGCUGAAGAGAAGCAUAAAGAACUAAUGAAACAGUCAAAUAUAUCAUCAGUUCAACUUGUCAAGAAACAAUGCGGUGAUCUGUUCACGAGUUUUCAUCUGGUUCGACGUAAUGUUGACGUUGAUGACUUCAUUGAGGUGCGUGUUGCUGUGGUUGGUAACGUUGAUGCGGGUAAGUCAACACUUCUUGGUGUUUUAACGCAUAGUGCCCUUGAUGAUGGUCGCGGUCACGCUCGACAAAAACUUUUCAGGCAUAAACAUGAAUUCGAAUCUGGUCGAACAUCGUCAGUAGGAAAUGAUAUUCUGGGUUUUAGUAUUGAUGGACAAGUUGUCAAUAAGCCAGAUCCACAUAGCGGGAAUUUGGAUUGGGUGAACAUUUGCCGCGAUUCGGCAAAGGUGAUAACGUUCAUCGAUUUGGCUGGUCACGAGAAGUACUUAAAAACGACUAUAUUUGGUAUGACAGGUCAUGUCCCUGACUACACGAUGCUAAUGGUUGGCUCGAAUGCAGGUAUUAUUGGAAUGACCAAAGAACACUUAUCGUUAGCACUCUCGCUCAAUGUACCCGUAUUUAUUGUCGUGACCAAGAUCGAUAUGUGUCCAGAGCAGGUAUUGGCCGAAACGCUAAAAAAUCUCGAUCGAUUGAUGAAAAGUCCCGGUGUUCGAAAGUUACCAAUUGCAAUGCGAACAAUGAAUGAUGUUGUACAAGCUGCGUUGCAUUUUGCCAGUGGCAGGGUUUGUCCAAUAUUUCAAGUAUCCAAUGUGGUAGGCACAAAUUUGCAUUUGCUGAAAGCGUUCCUGAAUUUGAUCCCUCUUCGACGUUCAUUAUCGCUUGAUAGUCCGGCCGAAUUUCUGAUUGAUGAGGUUUAUUGGGUAGCUGGUGUUGGUACGGUGGUUUCUGGUACAUGUAUGGCUGGAACAAUUGCGCUAAACGAUACAAUGUUGAUCGGACCGAAUCCAAGCGGUGACUUCGUGCCGGUUCCGGUCAAGUCGAUACAUCGUAAACGAAUGCCAGUUUCAAAAAUCCGAUGUGGUCAAACGGCUUCUUUUGCAAUCAGGAAGUUCAGCAAAAAAGAGGUUCGCAAAGGGAUGGUUCUAAUAUCUCCAUCGCUAAAGCCGUAUCCGUCUCUGCAGUUCGAUGCUGAUGUUUUGACGGCGACAAUCAUUGAAAUGACCAAAGAAGUGUUACGGACCGGUGAUCGUGAUUCGGUGACGUUCCGUUUCAUCAGAAAUCCCGAAUAUAUUCGUGUCGGCUCAAGAAUGGUGUUUCGUGAGGGUCGUACAAAAGCCGUUGGUACGGUAACGAAAGUUUAUCCGUAUGCACCGAUCAGUGCCGCAAAACAAACUCGUUUGAAGCAUGCCAUCAAACAAAAAGAAGCACUGGUUGAUGAUACACGAGAGUAA